CUCACAAGGCGCUCUUUAAGCCCCGGUGUUGCCACACAGAGCAGCCAUUCAUCGGCUCUACAGUCAGCCACACACACUCCUAUGCUGAACCACUGGGCAUCUAAAUUGAUUUAGCUGCUAUAUCUGAGGAGGAUUUCCAUCCGGCGGUGGAGACAGUUUGGACACUUUUACGCAGCAUGGCUCUGGCUGAGAAGAACCAGCAAUAACCGGAACAGUUGGAGACCGCAGACUUUGAUUAAAAUAACUUUGGACUAUCUCAUAAUAACAUCGCAUUUGAGGGCUAUCUUGUCAUCUUAGUUAAACUUUGGGAAAGAAGAAGAAGAAAAACAGAAAAUGUCCGGUGAGGAGCACAGCCUGUCUGAGGCGGAGCUGAGUCCCGGAGGGUCAGACGAUGUCCACUCAUUGUCACCGACCCAGGCCGGAGCGCCGCCCGGUCAGGACUCCCCUCUGACCGGGCCGCCGCCGCAGCUCACCGCGCUAUGCGUGGCGGAGGGCGACGACCGGAGCCGGAGCGGAGCCAAAUCGGAGGAGGAGGACGACCGCUUCCCGAUCGGCAUCAGGGAGGCGGUGAGCCAGGUGCUGGAUGGAUAUGACUGGACACUUGUGCCCAUGCCGGUGCGCGUAAACAACGGAAAUAAAGCGAAACCGCACGUCAAAAGGCCCAUGAACGCCUUCAUGGUGUGGGCGCAGGCGGCGAGGAGGAAGCUGGCCGACCAGUACCCCCACCUGCACAACGCGGAGCUCAGCAAGACCCUGGGGAAACUGUGGAGGCUGCUGAACGAAAACGACAAGAGGCCAUUCAUCGAGGAGGCGGAGAGGCUGAGGAAACAGCACAAGAAGGACUACCCGGAGUACAAGUACCAGCCCCGGAGACGCAAAAACGGCAAGCUGACGCCUGCCAGCGAGUCCGACAGUCAGGGGGAAGGGGAGGCCAGCCACUCCCAGUCACACUACAAGACCCUGCAUCUGGAACACAACGGAGGGGCAGGCUCUCCCCUGAGCGACCUGCACCACCACCACCACCAUCACCACCAUCCUGCUGGUCAGGGUCACAGCCCGCCCACACCCCCCACCACCCCAAAGACAGAGCUCCAGUCUGGGAAGCUGUCAGAUGCCAAGAGGGAGGGGGGAGCCGGAGCGGCUGGGGGAUCAGGGGGGUCCAGGGGAGCCCUCGGAGUGGGGGCCGAUGGGGCGUCUGGGGGCCCGUCAUCGAGCGCUAAACCCCACAUCGACUUUGGUACUAUGGACAUCGGUGAGAUCAGCCACGAGGUGAUGUCCAACAUCGAGCCAUUUGACGUGAACGAGUUUGACCAGUACCUGCCCCCGAACGGCCACCCUCAGAGCGGCGCCGGGGCCCCGACGGCGGGGUCCUCGGCCUCGUCCUACGCGUACGCGCUCGCCGCGGCCAGCGGCCACUCGGCCUGGCUCUCCAAGCAGCAGCAGCAGCAGCCUCAGGCCUCGCCGUCUUCGUCCGACCCCUCCAAGGCUCAGGUGAAGAUCGAGUCGGCGUCCGCCAGCCACUACGCCGAGGCCUCCUCCUCUCCCUCCUCAGGCACCCAUGUCACCUACACCCCGCUCAGCCUGCCUCACUACGGCUCCGCCUUCCCCUCGCUGGCCUCCAGGGCUCAGUUUGAGUAUGGAGAGCACCAGGCCCCCGGGGCGUACUAUGCCCACUCCAGCCAGGCCCCGGGGCUGUACUCAGCCUUCUCCUACAUGGGUCCCACACAGAGGCCUCUGUACACCACCAUCGGAGACCCCUCCAGCGUGGCCCCCUCUCACAGCCCCACACACUGGGAGCAGCCUGUUUACACCACACUCACAAGACCCUGAGGGAGACCAGCUGAGCAGAGGAAAUAUGGGAAGCGUGUGAGUGGAUCAGUGUGUCUGUGUG